AUGACGAUCAACAAUUUUUAUAUUUUGAUUUUAUUUGGAUUCCUCGCAAUUUUUGGAGAAUGUCGAGGUUAGUUGAAUCAUUCAUAAAUUUAGAAAAGCAAAGCAGCAACAGCUUUUCGAUCAAAUUAAUAUCAAAUUUCGGGUUUAAUCCUAAAAUAAGCGCUUUUCUCUUCCUUUUGCUACCAUCAAAUUGAGCCGAAUGAAAGCAACAAUUAGUAGAAAGAACGGGUGAAUGACAAUUGCAUUAUUAUCCUUUUCUUCUUCAUUCACACAAAUCUUACUCACAAAAGUUGCAUGUUGUUUUUUGUUUCUCGAAAAAUAAGAGUCCCUAGGGGUAAAAGGAUAUUUGUUGUAUCAAAAAGUAUAAAAAUGACAAAUAUGUGACAAGUUUCGGAUGUGAGAAAAAAAACAAGUGUGUACUUUUUGAGUGGUCAGUGCAAAAAAUGAGGGGGUCAAGAGAAUUUUUCUGGAACAAAGCUGAAAAAAUGUUUGAAACGUGAAACAUCACGUGGCAAUAAGAACGUGGAAAUCUCUAUGCGGGGCUAUUUUUCCAACAAUAAUUUUUCAGAACCCGGUCGAGAAAUGCGUGCGACUCGAAUGUCUGUAGUGGAUUUCUGGAAAAAUGAGACGAAAGGCGACGGUUUGAAUAUCAGGGUGGCGCAUGGUGUCAACAGCUGGCCGGACCUUGUCGAUCAACUACACGGUGAGCAGAACAAAAAUAGAAAAUAGGGAGAGGGAGGGGUGUCAUGAUUAGAACAAGAGGGGAAGAAUAUUGCGCAACUAAUGCGCUCUUACGGUUUGUUUCUGCAGAGCCCGACAAAGAGCAGGCACAUGAGAUAAUUAGAAAAAAAUUGUCGGGAGGAGAAAAAAGAAAGCUUUUCCCAUAAUAUGCAAAACAUAUUUCAGAACCAUUUUUGAACAAAUCAAUGAUGAUCGAAGGCGAUGUUUUUAUGCAAGCCCAUCGAAGACCGCGACAUCGAGCUGUUCCGGUCAUGAAAAAAGCCGACACAAAAUUGGCAGACCGAAUAACGUUCAAAGAGUGGUUGAGAGAAGUGGCGACAAUGCAUAAAGGUAACUUGGGUUCGGAUUUCUUCACUUAUGUUAAUGAUGACCUCUUGACCCAACAAAGUUUUUUCGAGGAAUCUUGAAAAUUGUUAAAAUAUUGAAGUUUUUUCCACAAUUAAUGCUUCUCAAUAAGGAAUUCUAUCAAUUUUUGAAAGAAAAAGCUUCGUGGGUGGUCUUCGAAUAUCUUUCACUUUAAAUAAAAUACAACGAAAACAAAGUUAUGACCUCACAAUAGUACAGUAAUCGAUCAUGUUUUUGGUGUCAUUCAUGUCUGCCGCAAUUUCUUUUCCUUUCUUCUCCCAAUUUUUCUUGGUAGUCACCGAUACCAAAACAAAACAAAAAGAUAUACAUUACGGAUAAGGGACAUUGUUAUUGUUUUGUUCGCUUAUCCAAAUAUUAUUAGGUGAGCAAAUAGAUAAUUUGGUGUCAAAAGCGGCAGUCUGAAACUGACAUAAUAAUACACACGCGAUAAACUUAGAAGAUAGAUAGACUGGAUAGAUAAUAAAUCAAUAGUGUUGUUAUUACUGCAUUGGUGACAGGUGUACACCAACAAACAGACACCCAAGAUUAAGCUGACAGCUAUGAAAAGAUGGAAAAAAAUAUUGGAAAAGGGGAAAGUUUUCCAGUGGAAAAUAUCUUUUUUUUUUUCAGCCAUUAAAAUUAAUUUCCGAUCAAAUGAAGUUGUUCGUCCGGUACUUCAAGAUCUGUAUGCUUCACAAGCUGAUCCGACUUCGCCAAUCUUACAAUAUCCAGUUAUUCUGCAUGCCAAUGUUUUCAGAUCGCCUAGAAGUGUUGAGGUGAACACGAGUUCCUCUUGAUCCAAAAUCAACCUAUUUUUUUCAGACUGAAGUUGAUCCUUCAACAUUUGUUGAAAAAACAAAAGAUCUUUUCCCUGAUGCAACUUUGAGUUUGGGAUGGACAAAACAAUCGGAUUUCAGUCAUUUGCAUCCAAAAUACAAACGUCUUUCUUGGCGACAACUUUUCCAUAUUUUGGAAUAUAUCAGUCGACUUGAUCAACCAGUUAUGCUUUCAAUUCGUCUUUCAGUUGCUGCACAUUCAAAAGAUCAACUUUUAUGGCUUCUCGGAAUGGAUCAAUCUAUUUCUCUUCUUCUUUGGAGUGACGCUGAUGAUCAUGUUAGUCUUUUUUUGUUAAUUCAGGAAGUGUUCCUUCCGUCACGCGAUUUGUGCACUUUUCUAUGGAGAUUUUUUUUUUAGAUUCAAAAUUGGCAGCCUAUUAUGGACCUUCGAAAAUCAACAACAAAAAAUAGAAUUUUGUAUGAUUUGGAUCCAAAACAUCGAAAAAUUCUGCAAACAGAAACAAAUGAGCCAGUUGAAAAUUCAAAUAAUUUCGAUUUGAAAGAAUGGCGAGCUGUUGAAUUUUCUUCAUCAAGCUCUGAACUUUCAACAGUUGUUCGAUCUGAAAAAGGACCAGCUUUCCUUGGUGCACCAACUGCAUUACUACUAUCACAAAUGUCACCACCAAUGUUUCCAGCAAAACAAAGAGUUCAAGGAAAAGUUCAUUUUCUUCCGAAAAAAUCGGUGAAAAGUUUGAAUGUUGAUGAAAACACAGGAGUUGCGGUAUAUCUAAUGGAUAAAGUGCAAGACAUUGAUUCACCAAGAAUCAGAAAUAGUUUGGAGGUGAGUUUUUUUCUAGGAUUUCAAAUAGGUAAAAUAAUUGAUUUUAGGUUUUCAUUGGAUUUGAUGGAAGUGUAAAAUUGAUAAAUGGAGUGAAAUCAUCGAAGGUGAAGUCUGUAAGCAGACAAUCAAUUGGUCAACUUCCUGAAAGUGAAUGUUAUGAUUUUGAAAUCAUUGACAUGGGUUUCAAAAUAGCUGCAGAUGUUUGGGAAUCAGAAUGUGGAACAUCAGAAAAGCGACAAAAGAGACAUCUUAGAUUAGAACUAGAAACACCAUUCGAAAAGUUAGUUAUUUCUCUAUCAAAUGAUAAAAAACUUUCUAAAACUGUUUUUUUUUAGAAAUCGUUAUCUUCGAAAUGUUGUUGUUGCGAAAAAAGGCGACCCAGCUAUCGAUUUUCUUCUCGAAGAACUUCAUCAUAGCUCAUCAUCAAAUAUUUCAUAUAUUGUAUGUCUUCUUUUAUCUGCCUUAUUCCUACUGUAUCUCUAAACUUUCUUGAUUUCUUUCAUAUUUUUUCUACCUUGACUCUUUUUUGGUGCUCCAUGUUUUUCUGCAUUUACAUAACUUUUUUCUUAACUCUGUGAUAUUUCUAUUUUUUUGAAUAUUUCAUGUUUCAAACUCUAUAUAUAUAUUCUAUUGGAUUCUUAUGUACCAGUGAAAUCAUUUCCGAUUUGUUUUUUUUCCAACCCAAACAACAAAGUCAUCAAUGCGUGUAUUACUCAUCAUUUUUCCUUUUUUCUCAAACUGAUUUCUCUAAUCAUCAGUUGAUUUUUUUGUUUCAAUUUUUGUCUAUAUAAAUGUGUUUAUUUCAUGACCAGUUCUGAUAAAAAUGAAGGUUAUUAUUUUACUUUUUUUCGAUUUUCGGGUUAACUGCGGGUUUAUUUGGACUUUUUGAGGGUAGUAAAACUACCACGACUACAACUACAACAACAACACCGGUAAGCUAAACAUUUAGAGCAAGUCUGUACCAGAAAACGAGAAACCUUUUGUUCUGUUCAAAAAAAAAUUCAAAACAUUCUUCUGAAAGUUUGAAGUUCGAAAAAAUUUCAGAAACCCAAACUGUCAUUGGGAAAAGAAGUUUUGAUUCCACCAGCUGAGAAAAAUGAGGGAUCUGCAGUCACAAUUCCAUUAAAUAGUCCACCUACAACUACAACAGUUAGAACAAAUCCAAAAACAACAGUACGAGUUUCAACAAUAACUCCAAGAAGAGUUGUAGGAGAUGAGAGAGUUGCAACAACUACAAUCAAUCCAAGAUUCACCCUCGGACCAAAGUGAGUUAUAAUUAACUACGGAAAUCCCCUCUACCAACCGGUUUUUUAGAACUUUGCCAUCAUCUGAUCGUCAUUCAUCUUCUGGAUGUCCAAAUCGAAUUGAUGCAUUCACUUCUGCUCCAGAUCAUGAUUAUGCUUUUUAUGAUAAAACUGUAUAUAUAAUUGAUAAUAAUCGAAUCAGAGAAUCAGUUCCAAUUUCUCAACAAUUUCCAAAUGGCCCACAAAACUCUGUGAAUGGCGCCUCUUUUGAUGUCGAACGUCAAGUUUUGAUUUUGAUUGAAGACAAAGAAGUUUAUGGCUACAAACUUGAAGGUGGAUCGUGGAAACUUCAAUCAGUCUUCCCAAAAACUCUUCCAUCCUCAAUUCCUUUCACACCAAACGCGGCUGUCAGAUGGCAUAACAAACAUCAACUUUUAUUAUCUGUGAGUUUAAUUUUCUUGAAAAAUAAUAACUCAUUUGAAAAUAAACUUGGAAAACACUUUCAGAAUGGUGGAAAAUUUGCGCUCUACGAUCAAUAUUGGAACAAAUCAUUGACAUCUGGUCGAACUGAUUCAUACUUCGAAAAUCUACCAGAUCGUGUUAAAGGAAUAUCGGAAUGGAUAAAUGGUCGUGCUUAUGUUUUCACACAAAGUUUGGUUUUUGAAUAUCAAGAAGAAAAGAAAAGUACUGUAGGAGAAGGAAAACCAUUGGGAGAUUUUUGGAGAUGUUAA